GCGUCACUGCCGCUGCAGCGUCAGCCUCAGGCGACCGUAGUAAAAGCAGGGAUUUCCAUGGGAUUGUUUACGCCAUUCCUUGCGCACGGAUGUAACGUCAAAUCCACGAGUUCUGGAAAAGUUCUGAAGCCAUAGAUUAGAGCGUAUACUUCAAACUGGAGCAACCUUCCUAAAUUUGAGACUGCUAGUAUUUCAGUGCCAGGGUAGAACAAAGCCUAACUCCAGAGUCUUGUCAUGGCUCAGUACCUCAAGUACUUCACAACUGUGGGUGAUGAAAAAGGACAGGGAACAAAUGAGGAAGAAGAGCUUCAUGAAGCCAGUGAGGAGCUGGGUCCAGCCACCGGUGAAUAUCCAACAGAGCUGACCUUAAGGGACUCCUUUAAAAGGCUUUACAGCUCUGAACGGUUCCAGGUGGUUGUGGUAUGUUUGGUAAUACUGGAUGCUAUAUUUGUUUUAUGUGAGCUGCUGAUAGAUCUGUCCAUCAUCCAAUUGGAACAUGGACAUGUUGCACCUCAGGUCUUCCACUACCUGAGCAUUGCUCUUCUCACCUUCUUCAUGGUGGAGCUGGCUGGCAAGCUGUACGCCUUCUGCCUGGAGUUCUUUCAGCACAGGUUUGAGGUAUUUGAUGGGGCGGUGGUGGUGGUGUCCUUUGUGUUGGACAUUGUCUUCAUCUCUAAUGAGGAUAGCUUCGACGGCAUGGGUCUUCUGAUUCUGCUGCGACUCUGGAGGGUGGCAAGGAUUCUUAAUGGUAUCCUGGUUUCAGUGAAGACCCGUGCUGACCAGAGGCUCCAUAAGCUGAAGCAGAGUUAUGACCACCUUGUUCAUAGAGUCACCGAGCUACAAGAACGCAAUGAUGAGCUGGAGCGGGUGAACAGUAGACAAACUGCCAUCCUGUGACAGCACGCCAUCGAGUUUUAAAGCUUCAUGAAGAAUGUUAUGGAUUCAAUGUUCAUUGUGAUUUAUAUCAUGUAAAAUGAAUGGUUGUCAGCAUAUAUCCUGCUAUCAGUUCUCAAGACAAGCUAUUCACCUCAUAGCACAACUUCAUUGUAGGUACAUGGCACACAUACAUGCAUACAUGUAUUAUGUACCUGCAAGUCUUUCACUGUGUCUUACCCAAUAUGACAUCUCAAAAUGUGAGAAAAAAAUGUUAAAAUAUAUUCUUUUGAACAAAGUUAAACUGCUUUUUUAUAAACACUGAAGGUGCUCAUCUUGCAGGAUUAAGACUGCUUAAAUGUUUACUCACCAAAACCCAAAAUAAAUAAUAAAUAAUCCAUUUAUUAAAAUAUUCUGUGAACAAUGUAAUACAUUACUAACACCAUCUGUUGUACUGUUGAUGGAUAACAAGGCUGGGAUUGUUAAAAAUAUCUAUCUAUCUAUCUAUCUAUCUAUCUAUCUAUCUAUCUAUCUAUCUAUAUAUAUAUGCAUGGCGCACUC